AGCUGCACUUUUUCUGCUUCUUGUCUACGGUUCUUCGAGAAUUUUCUUUCUGUCUUUCUUAUCUUUUGCAUCGUUUCAUCUCAUCAACGUUCGGAAGCCGCUCUACUUCUUGUGCAAAAAGAGGUUACGCAUAGUUUUUCUGGGUUCCGGGGUCUAUCUUUCAUACGUUACCUGUGUGCGCGCUUGAAGGGUUUCGCCAGCCAGCCAGCGCUUGUCACACUUCACGGUUAUCUGUCAAGAUCUACUCGCCGGGCCGAAGCAAUCAGACGCUUAUAUACUAACGGCCACCGCAUACGCACACGGAGGCACCAUGGCGGCGUUGCCACGCUUCGUAUUUCCUCCUCGCCACUCCGCCGCUGCCGACCCGGAAUCCGGAUCUGAUACCUCGACAUUGAGCAAGGACAGGCCGCAGAUACACUUGCAGACACCCACAAGGGAAGAGGAGGGAUUUAGUCUCUCUGUACCGGGUCAGAGGCACUCGCCGCCUGAGCCGCUGAGGACAUCAUCUACGCCACCAGACUCGCCGACCAGGCAGCGCUCGUACACUAUGGGCUCAUCCGGCCCACCGCUUCUCCAUGAUAGCGGGGCCGUUACACCACCGCCUACGCCUACGGGGACUACGCAUUCGAAAUCGCACUCUGCAUCCAGCAUCGCUAGCUCGCUGUCUAGCUUACGGCGUGGCGACUCGACGUCCUCCACAAGAGCACGAUCGCGACGCGACACUAUUGAUGAGAGUGAGAAGCCUGGGAGUACGCAACCGAGAAAGUUUCCAUACUGGCUAUCGGAGUACGAGAUCGAGGUCGACGAGAAGGGGAAGAAGACAUGCCUCGGAAGUGGGCUGUGGAGCGAUGUCUAUUUAGCGAAGCCAUGUCUGCCGAACCCUGUUGACCAGGUGCCUUCGAUAGCCGCGCCCGGAGCAGAAAUGACACCCCCAAUCACGCCGGUGCAUUCACGCGCCUCGAGUCUUUCAAAGGAGAAGCUGCCGCAAGUCCCACCGGCUUAUGCGAUCAAAGUAUCCGCCUCGCGCUCCGCGAAGCAAGUGCUCGGAGAGGAAUCCCGUAUCCUCUCGCAUAUCGUCAGGUUCCCCGAUGCGGAGCAAUACGUGGUAUCGUUCUACGGCCAGGACACCAGGACCGAAGCGCUGGUUCUCAAAGCCAUGGAUGGCACGCUGGAAGGCUGGGUGCAAAAAGAACUAAACGCGCUCCCUGAGCCCGCGCGGGUGAAUAGGCUAGCGGAAGUAUUCCCCGUCAUUGCAGCGCAUCUCCUGGACGGCCUGGCGUGGAUACAAGACAAAGGCUGCACGCACGCCGACAUCAAACCCUCCAACAUCCUCGUCUCCGCCCCUUCCUCCUUCCCAUCACCAUCCACAUCAGCAUCCCCGGCCCCGCACACCGUCUACUCCGACUUCUCCUCCGCGCUCCUGCCCUCCCUACCCUCCCCAUCCCCCUCCUCCUGCAAACCCAAAACCCCCCUCGGCGGCGGAACCUGGGACUUCCUCGACCCGACGCUGCUCUCGAAAUCCGCAGCCCCCAUCUCUCCCUCGCCGGAAACAGACCUCUGGUCCCUGGCCAUCACGCUGCUCUCGCUGGUCCUGGGUGCCUCGCCGUUCGACUGCGCGGGCGCGAAUCAGUACCGCCGCAGGGAGUUUAUCAAGCAGGGCGUGCCGCUGAGCUAUGCUGCGUACGGGGAUGACGGGGCGCGGAACUUGAAUCGCAUGGCUGCGCUGUCCAGGGGUAUCGGGCUCGAUGUGCAGAAAUGGUUUGCUGGGGUGCUUAGCAGGGAGGUGGGGAGGAGGGUUGGGUUGGCGGAGUGGAGGGCGGAGUUGGAGCGUGCUGAGGAGAAGGAGGGGGUGAGAGUGUAAGAAGGUUUUUUCUUGUUUUCGGCAGAGAGGAAGACAUACGCAAUCGUUUUCUUUGGCGUUUUCAGUUUGUGUUGGGAAGAUUUUGGUUAGAAUAAGAGCGCGGUUUGGUGUUUUGCGACGUUAGAGGACUGCACGCACAUUCGCUAGAUACCCCCUUUGCAUGUUAUGG